UUAAUCAUCUAAAUAUAAGCUAUUACUCAAUGAAAACACUAACUGCGACUGCAUUGAUGGUUUAGUAUUGUAAAUGGGAAAAUAUUCGGAUUAAUUAAUGUGUAAACAAAAAAAAAUGUCGUGAUAUUUAGCCGAUCUGCUGCACUUGACAGUCUGUGAAAACAGACUGAUGCUUUGGUAAUUACCAGCCACUGUGUGGCAGAAAUCCCAGUAAAACUUUUAUCCUCGGGAUAAAACAGAAAUUCAACACCGGCAGUUCCGGGGGGUUCUUCCCAGCGGGUAUAGUGGAGCGGGACACCGGCGCGAAGGGAGCGGGGAGCGGAGCGGUGUCGGUGAACCUGCCGGGGCUAGUGGAGGACAGCAUGGCUGCGGGAAAGGGAGCAAGGAAGCCCGUCUCGCUGUGGGACAAUUUGCGGAUACGCUUCAUCGUUUGCUUCUUCGGAGUCUUCGUGUGUUAUUUUUAUUACGGAAUACUGCAGGAGACAAUCACUCGAGGUAAUUAUGGCGGGGAGAGGUUUACUUUUGCACGGACACUGGUCUUUAUCCAGUGCAUCAUCAACAGUGCUUUUGCAAAGAUCUUGAUCCAGUGUUUUGAAAGCUCCAAAGUGGAUCACACCAAGAGCUGGCUCUAUGGCCUGUGUUCCCUCUCCUAUCUGGGAGCAAUGGUUUCCAGUAACUCCGCCCUCCAAUAUGUCAACUAUCCCACACAGGUGUUGGGGAAAUCCUGCAAACCCAUACCAGUUAUGAUCCUCGGCGUAACGAUACUGAGGAAGAAAUAUCCUCUGGCGAAGUAUCUGUGUGUGCUGCUGAUCGUCGGUGGCGUUGCUUUGUUUCUUUACAAACCCAACAAAGCCGCCGCCGCCGCGGCAGACGACCACAUCUUCGGCUUCGGGGAGAUCCUGCUGCUGGUGUCUCUGACGUUGGAUGGACUCACCGGCGUCGCCCAGGAUCACAUGAGGGCCCGCUUCCAGACCGGCGCCAACCACAUGAUGCUGAACAUCAACAUGUGGUCCACGCUCGUUCUGGGUCUGGCCGUUUUGUGGACCGGAGAAGUUUGGCGCUUCCUGAGUUUUGCAGAACAAUAUCCCAGCAUUUUCUACAACAUUCUUCUGUUUGGACUGACGAGCGCUUUGGGCCAGACUUUUAUCUUCAUGACGGUUGUUUACUUCGGGCCGCUGACCUGCUCCAUCGUCACCACAACCAGGAAGUUCUUCACCAUCCUCGGUUCCGUUAUUUUGUUUGGAAACGUCAUGACUGACAUGCAGUGGAUCGGCACCAUCCUGGUAUUCCUUGGUCUUGGAUUGGAUGCUAAAUUUGGAAAAUCCCCCAAGAAACACUGAAGAACCAGAAGAGCAGCGAAGAAAAUGGAAACGGACUGUAACCAGAAGAUAACUUGUACAGAACUCAUUACAUGUGCCUAUGUUUUAACUAUAGGAUUACAGUUUGCAGCUCUUCAUAAACUGAAGAUGCAUAUCUUAUGAUGUAUGAAGCCCAGACUGAAUUAUGAGCUACAAUUUUAAAUUAAAAACCAAAACCAGCUACUAAACAUAUGCUGAACUAAACUACACCUCUAGCAUUCAAUUUUCUUUUAUUUUUUACAGAUGGAGGCUUGAAUAUGUGUGUAGUUCUUUGAAAAGUAUUAAGAAAAAAAAAUGUAACGGUUGUCUGUAGCUUGAUGUUGUCCAAUGUUACUAUUCAAGUGGUUUUAUUUUAUACAAUAUGAAAUAACUUGCCAUAAAAAGGGAAUUAAAUUGCAUUGAUCUUGUCUUU